CCAUUAUCAGCCGACGUUAGCUAGCUUUAAACGCUACUGCAGGCCUGAAGGUUUGCCGAUAUUAAAUCAUGGAGCUUAAAUUGACACGUUCAGAUGUGGUUUAAUUGACAGACAGUUACUAUACUGUUCAUAAUAAGUCUAUAUUUGUGUUUUAUACAACUGAAAAUGAGUUUACAUCGUAAAACAAAUGGGCCACUUUACCGCAAGCUAAUGCGACAGCUUGUGGCUAGCAGCGUCCAGGGAUGCUAAGGGGACACAUUUAGAUUAACUCCUGUCAACUCUGGUGUGAUGCAUUCACUGUCUCAGGAGAUCCAGGGCUUCUCGAAGAACCGUCUGAAGAAGCAGUGCACGCGGGUUACCACGGUGACAGGCAGGAGGCUGCUGGAGAGAAGGGGUGAUGGAGGAGGAGGAGAGGGAGAGGAGCAGGUUGAAGAGCUGGAGGAGGGAGGUGGAUGUGGAUUUGUAGAAGAUACAAGUCUGGACCUUCAAGUUGGUGUCGUUAGACCGUUCUUACUGCUGGCCUCUCAGGAUGCAGCCCACGACAUUGACACCCUGCAGAGAUGUAAGGUGUCUCAUGUGCUGAAUGUGGCCUAUGGAGUCACCGACCUGUUCCCAGAUCAGCUGGUUUACAAGACGCUGCAGAUCCUCGACCUCCCAGACACUGACAUCACUUCGUAUCUCGGGGAAUGCAGCUCCUUCGUAGAUCAGGCACGAGAACAGCACGGCGUGGUGCUGGUCCACUGUAACGCGGGCGUUUCACGCUCUUCCUCCAUCGUCAUUGGCUACCUGAUGUUGAGGGAGGGGCUCCCGUUUGAUGAUGCGUACAGCCAGGUGAAGCUGGCGAGGCCCUCCAUCCGCCCAAACCCCGGCUUCUACCAGCAACUACAGACAUACAAACCUUAAAGCUGCAUUAAAUGUUUAUUUAAACGCUGAAACAAGCUGCAAACACGACACAUUCGUCACAUGUCAUCACCUUUUAGGUUGCCUCUUGUCACAUCCAAGCUCAAUAAUCUCUCCUUCUCGCUCUGUUUUGGUCUCCACCAACUCCUGAGGGAAAUAUCUGCUUCUUUAGCUGCAAGAUGUUCACCAGCUACCAGCUGCUUGUUCUGUCUGCUGUGUAGGUGCUGACCAGGCAGCGCACUGGGGGGGCUUUGAGAGGUUUUCCAAUGAAAGCAGCUGCCUGUUAGAGGAAACCAAAACGGUAAAGUUGUGGGCCGUAAAACCAAAACAAUGAGCUGAAAGACGCUUAAAGAGGAACUACAGAUCUUGAAGGAAAGCCUUAAAAAACUACAAUACCCAGAAUCAGUGUUGUGCCAAAAGCUGUAGAGUCGUUUUUAAUGUUAUGUUUUCUUAUCAAAGAUUUAAAAAGGAAAGUCACUUGGGGAUCAUUUCAUUGCAGCAGGAAGAUAUUUACAUUUUAUUAUGUUUAAUGUUUGUUUUCUGCAUAAAUAUAAUAGAAAUAAUGUAUUCAGUAAAAAAAGGUCAAACUUGGUCGUGUGCCGUGUGUGUGUUACAGCUGUUGGCCAUUAUGCAUGUGUUGAGUGUGUCUUGUCUAAAAAUAGCGUUGGUGAUGUAAAUGUUUGUUUUUCACGCCACAGUAGAAGGAGAAAUGAUUUCCAGGAUGAUUUGUUCACUUUGGAAGCUCUUGUUUUCUUUGCAGUAUAGAUUGUUUCUAAUUAAAGACGUUCCACUUUU